AUGGGAAACAUAACCAAGAGAGGCAGCAGGGGGCUGGUGGCUGAUGGGGCCCGGGCCCUGGAAGAGGGCGCGGCGGUGUCAUUCCACACCAGGCUCUACGAGGCCAUCCUGAGGGAGGACUGCACCGCACUCUGGGCUCAGCUCAGAAGCCACCCCGUCAACGAGCCCAUGACCGUUCUGGCCAGCUCCACCGGCUACAGAUUACUGCUGAGCCAGCAGACACAGUCCAUCAUCCCCAUCUACCUGGCCGCGGAAAACCGCAAGGCACAGAGUUUGCUUUGUUUGUUAGAACACAGUGCAGACCCAGAAGUAAGGGACACGAGAGGCCUCACCACGCUCCGCCUGAUGCUCCUGCACUGGCCCAUCACCUCUACCACGUGGACGAAGCCGGGGAACAGAAUCCAAAGGAUGCUGACGGACAUCCAGAACGACGCAGUCCUGUGUCUGCGCAUUUUGUGCGAACACGGGGCCCAGGUGAAUGCGCGAGUGGCCGACAACUGGCGCUCCCCCCUCCAUCUGGCCAUCACAUACGGCACCUCCCCGGUUCUCUCCAUCCUGGCCCAGAACGGUGCCCAGGUCAACGCCAUGAACGAGUCCAGCAUGACACCCCUGCACGUGGCUGCAGAUAUACUGAAUAAGGAGAUGAUGGAAAUGCUCACUGCCCACGGGGCGAACGUCAACUGCGCCGUCUCCUCCACGGGCAACACGGCCCUGAAGCUGGCGGUGUGCACCGCGUCAAGCAAGGCCGGCCGGCUGCUGCUCGUUUACGGAGCCCAGGUAAAUACCCAGGACCAUGAAGGUCAAGCCGCGAUCCACGAGGCGUGUUUUGGAGGCAGAGAGGCAAUAAUCAAUCUCUUGCUCGAAUUUGAAGCCAAUGUUAACAUAUUAACAAGAAAUGGGGACUCUCCGAUGUAUAUGUACCUUCUGCGCGGUUCCAAUAUAAGAGACAAGGCACUUCUCACCAGGCUGCUUUACCACUGCUUUCCUUUGAGACUGACCAAUAACCAAGGAAUUCUACCUGCAGGAAUCAUGCUCCCAGAAUUCCACCUCCUAAGGGAAACCCCAAUAAAGUUAUCUCAAAAACCCUUAUCCCUAGAGGACAACUGUAAAAGAAACGUCAGAAAUAUUUAUGGGGAGAAAUACAAACAGCACUUGAAGCGACUUCUCCCAGGGAAGAUCUGGAAUUCUGUAUAUGGUUAUUAUGAUUUAGCUCACCUCCUGAAAUAA